AUGUCUUCGGACUCAGCAUUACCUUCCCCUGCCAAACGUCCCACCCUCACUGAACGGCCCUUAUCUGGCAAUACCCUUUCCUCCUCAGCGAAACAAGGAACACAGAAAGCGAACAAAUAUCAUGCGGCUGGAUCUAAGCGCUUACACACGCGGACUACGUCAUAUAGCAGAGCACUGGGCAAAGCUGGAAAGAUAAAUUCUACGCAGCAUCUCGUGGAAGAUGGGCUUCGCCACCAUCACAAGAUAUCCGGUACCAGCAUACCGUCGACGAGUCCCAGGAUAUCGGCCCUGAAGCGGAACAGUUCCCAUGCGGCCUUAGCAAAGAACUCUUCGUAUGCCAACCUACGCAAAAACAAGUCCGCCACUGCGCUUGCCCGUAAUGCAUCGCAUACACAACUACAUCGAAAGACAGGACUGGGCCCAUCUGCGCCAAGGCAGCGGAAAGACACUUCGAAGAAGAAUAGAGGGUUCGAGAUAGGAGAUAGGUCUUCUGACGACGAAAUUGGGGGGGACCUUGAAGAGGAGGCCGACUGGGAAGAUUCGGCAACUCAGUCUCCUAAGCAUACCAGAGACAAUUCUGCGGUUCUAUCACAGCCUGCACCUACCACGACAAACCAGAGUUCAAUUGCCGAAAGGUCACCAAAAGCUUCAAACGGGACAUCAUCCCUACCAGAGCCCUCACUCCGUCACAACCGAUCUGCGCCCAACUUUGGUGCUCGAGCGUCCUCCGCUUCUCCAGUGCGCUCACCGGACCCGCCAGCAAACCCGACUCUCCUCCCGCACAACCCUCCUUCUUCUCGCGCCACUCCGGCGGUGCCUUCGAUCUUCGCGCAAGCUCCCCGUGACGCACUUCCACGCAAUAAUUCUUCGUUCACCCACAUCAACCACCUAGAUACUGCCUCAUCACAGGAUCAUAUCCUUGAUACCCCCAAUACAGGUAAUGCCUUCCUGAACACUCCGAACACAGGCAAAAGCGCAGGCGGCUCUUCCUCAGCCGAUGGCGGGGUCAGCCACUUCCUCUCCAGCAAGCCAACGGCGACCACCGGAAACCACCAACGAAGAACCUCAUUCGGCUCCGACUAUGACUCUCCCUCCUCAUUCCUUCCACACUACCACCCGCAACAGUCUACCUCUCCAGAAAAGGUCCGCACAAAUGGCGGCACCGCCCCAUCAUCAUCAAUGUCACCAACCACAUCGAAAUCCAAACAACACCGCUCCCGAACCCAACAACGCCUCGAGCUCCAACGCCGAGAAACCAUGCGUGCAGCCGCCCCUACCACACCCACCACCCCGCUCCUCCUUGCCGACGCACAUAGUCGACGUGGCGGUUCGUCUUCGGCCCUCUCACUGCACAGCCGGUCCGGAUCGCACGGCCGGAGUCGGGCAGGCGCUACCGCUGACCCCGCGAGCGCCAAUGCCGCGAGGCUAAUGAUCAAGCAAGACUACGAAGCGGCGGAACGACAGCUGGCUGUUGUGAGGAGGUUUCGGAAUCCGGUCGUGGAGGCGGUGGGGAGAUUGAAGGAGAGGGGGUUGCUGCCAGGCUUGGAGAAGGGUGCGGCGUCUGGCUCAGGGAAGGAGAGGGACAGGAGGAAGAAGUCAGGUGGUAGUAGUCGGAGGGAUCUGGGUGGUGGGAGUCGGAACUCCAAAUCUGAGCUAGACUUAAAGGCUGGACCAGGUGGUGCUGCGCCCAGAUCUUCGUUCGAGGAUGCCGAUACCCACACCGAAGCGUCUCGACAAUCGAGCAAUGGUAGAGCAACAAGACCCGCUCACUCGUCUGCCGCUUCUACGGCCGCAAAUCCCCAUCAUCGCCGUCAAGGCAGCCAUGAUGAUAUCGGGCUAUCGCGGAGCCAGGGCAGCUCUGACGAGCACCUGCAUGGAGACGGUGAUGGUGGCGGCAAUGGUGCGGGUGAGAGAGGUAUCGGCGGUGGUGAAAGUGGCGUGUCGGCGGAAAUGGAGAUGAUGAGACGGAUGUGGGAGAGUAGGGAGGUCUACGAUAAGGGCGAUGAUGGGUAG